AGGAGUAAUCGACACAUAGACUGGUGUCGAGAGGCCCUCUAUCUGCGGCUUUAUAGUGAGGGUCUAUUGGGUUUUGAUAACAAAAGAGGCAUAAGUAGUGGGGAUACGAAAGGGGUGGCCAACGGUUGGUGCGGUGGGGGUCGACACCACUCGUAUAUACGGGAAGGCAAUAUCACUGAGCCAUACAUUGCGAGCGAAAAGCCCAUUGCAUUCAAGGACAUAGGGGUUGGGGUACACACUUUUGACCGGCACACCCGCCAUAAGGGCUCAUUCCCGACGCCCGCGCUGCUCACUGUUGGGCCCUUUAGCACUCGUUAUAAAUGGUUGAAUCAUAAGACAGAACCCGAAUGUGUGUAUAAAAACAGAGCCGAUGGAGAAAAACAACUAUACAUUGGGCGAACUGACAGUGAAAGUCAAACCAAAGUGAAAUUAUUCAGUCGAUUGGCCUCUCAAUUGUCUCAAUCGGAUUCAAGCAUGCCCAACUUUUGGGACCCAUUUAGAAACUGGGUGGACAGACACCGGCCGCCAUUGAUUAGUCAAGUGUAUGACGCGACUUAUAAGGCGGGUAAGACUGUUGGCAAAGGUGUUUGGGAAACCGCCAGACAAUUGGAGAAAGUGUCGCCCGAUUUGGGCGCCGCCGCCCGCAAAAGUAUUAGGAACACCGAACGCGAGUGGCCUGUGAUCAACUGUCGGGCGGCCGUCUUCUGGGAGGCGGGGAAACCGCUGACCAUUGAGAACAUAACAGUGGAUCCGCCGAAAGGGGGCGAAGUGCGGGUCCGUAUGGUGUCGGCCGGUCUGUGCGCCUCCGAUGCACACUAUAUAUGGGGCCAACAGACGGACGCCGACACCAACUUCGAGGGCAAACCAACCGUAUUGGGUCACGAGGGGGCCGGAGUGGUCGAGUCGGUGGGCGAGGGGGUGACCAGUGUUAAGGCCGGCGAUCACGUCAUACCCCUAUGGAUGCCUAACUGCGAGAAGUGUGACCUCUGCGCCCAUCCGAAGACCAACUUUUGUCUUAGCGUUAAUCCGUUUGAAACAAUGUAUCACCAAAAUAGAGAAACUCGUACUAAACUCAAUGGCAAUGAUUUGCUAUUAUUUAGUAACGGGCACAGGGACUUUCUCCGAGUACACUGUGAUCCGGGAAACACAAUCAAUCCGAGCGCUGAUCUGAAGACUGUUUGUGUUAUUGGUUGCGCCGUUGGGACGGGUUAUGGCAGUGCUGUCAAUAUAGCUCGAGUACAUCCCGGAGCCAAAUGUGCGGUUUGGGGUUUGGGUGCCAUCGGGUUGUCGGCACUGUUGGGCUGCAAACAGUCCGGCGCUCAUAUUAUCAUUGGUAUUGACAUCAAUCCCGACAAAGAAAGUGUCGCCAAAGAGUUUGGUUGCAAUCAAUUCAUUAAUCCUAAAACACUCGACGAACCGAUUGAGAGUUAUUUGCAGAAAAUGGGAGGAAUUGAUUACGCGUUUGACUGCAUCGGUAACCAACAGGUGCUCGACUCGGCCUACAAAUCAUUGAGCUAUUGGGGUUCACUCACUAUUAUUGGUUUGGGUCCGAAGGGUAAUAAAGUGGACACAAAAGUUGGUGACUUUCUAAUGGGCCGUUCGGUAAACGGCGGGCUUUUUGGCAAUUAUAAGCCCCGAAAAGCGAAUCAAGAAAUGGUUGACAAGUAUUUAAGCGGUUCUCUACCUAUCGAUGGCUUAAUUACACACAGAAUACGUUUGGAUGAAAUCAAUGAAGGCUUUGAUAGUUUGAAAGCCGGCAAAACAGUCCGCACUGUGAUCUCAUGCCGGGCGGCGGUGAUGUGGUCGGAGGGGACGCCACUAAAGGUGGAGAACAUAACAGUGGAUCCGCCAAAAGUGGGUGAAGUACGGGUACGUAUGGUGUCGGCCGGUGUCUGUGCCAGCGAUGGCCACUUCAUAUGGGGUCACGAAACGGACCUGAGCUACGAGUUUGAAGGAAAUCCGGUGGCGAUGGGUCACGAGGGGGCCGGCGUUGUCGAGUCGGUGGGCGAUGGCGUGACCAGUGUUGAGGUCGGCGACAAAGUGAUGCUCCUAUGGAUGCCUGAGUGCGGCCGAUGCGCUCUCUGUGUCAGCCCGCAGACCAACUUCUGUCUGGCGGCCAAUAAAUACACGGUUUUAUAUCACGACAACAGAGAGACCCGAAUGAAAAUCAAUGGCAAACCUCUCCUCUCAUACGCCGGUGUCAGCACUUUCUCCGAGUAUGUGGUCGUCCGUGAGAUACAGUUAGCGAAACUCAACCCAAGCGCUGAUUUGUUGAAAGUUGGUGUCAUUGGUUGCGCCGUUGGGACGGGUUAUGGCAGUGCUGUCAAUAUAGCUCGAGUACAUCCCGGAGCCAAAUGUGCCGUUUGGGGUUUGGGUGCCAUCGGGUUAUCGGCUCUGUUGGGCUGUAAACAGUCCGGCGCUCACACUAUCAUUGGUGUCGACAUCAAUGCCGACAAAGAGAGUGUCGCCAAAGAGUUUGGUUGCAAUCAAUUCAUUAAUCCUAAAACACUCGGCGAACCGAUUGAGAGUUAUUUACAGAAAAUGGGAGGAAUUGAUUACGCGUUUGACUGCAUCGGUAACCAACAGGUGCUCGACUCGGCCUACAAAUCACUCACCCCUUGGGGUUCACUCACUAUUAUCGGAUUGGGUCCAAAGGGCAAUGGAUUGAAUGUAAAAGUGGCGGAACUAGUGAAGGGUCGGUACGUUUUGGGCGGCUUUUUCGGCAAUUAUAAGCCGCGUAAAGCCAACCAGGAGUUGGUCGACAAGUAUAUGAAGGGCACGCUUCCCAUCGAUGGCUUAAUUAGUAAUACAAUACCUUUGGAUGACAUUAAUAAAGGUUUCGACGAUUUAAAGGCCGGAAAAACAAUACGGACUGUAAUCAAUUGUCGGGCGGCUGUGCUCUGGACGCCGGGAACUCCGCUAACCAUUGAAAACAUAACAGUGGAUCCGCCACAAGAGGGUGAAGUGCGGGUGCGUAUGGUGUCGGCCGGUCUGUGCGCCAGCGAUGGCCACUUUGUUUGGGGCUGGGAUACAGACAUCAUACUGGACUUAGAGGGCAACCCUCUAGUUAUGGGUCACGAGGGCGCCGGUGUUGUCGAGUCGGUGGGUCCGGGCGUGACGAGUGUGGCGCCGGGCGAUCACGUGAUACCGAUGUGGAUGCCUGAGUGCGAGAAGUGUGACCUCUGUUCGCAUCCCAAAACUAAUCUCUGUCUCAGCGGUGAUAUCGUGUCCUCAAUGUAUCAGAAGAACAAAGAGACCCGAAUGAAGAUCAAUGGAAAACCGUUGCUUUCAAUGACGGGCACCGGCACUUUCUCCGAGUACAAUGUUCUUAGGGAGACACAAGUGGCAAAGAUCAAUCCGAGCGCUGAUCUGAAGACUGUUUGUGUCAUUGGUUGCGCUGUUGGGACGGGUUAUGGCAGUGCUGUCAAUAUAGCUCGAGUACAUCCCGGAGCCAAAUGUGCGGUUUGGGGUUUGGGUGCCAUCGGGUUGUCGGCUCUGUUGGGCUGCAGAGAGGCCGGCGCUCACACUAUCAUUGGUGUUGACAUCAAUGCCGACAAAGAAAGUAUUGCCAAAGAGUUUGGUUGCAAUCAAUUCAUUAAUCCUAAAACACUCGACGAACCGAUUGAGAGUUAUUUGCAGAAAAUGGGAGGAAUUGAUUACGCGUUUGACUGCAUCGGUAACCAACAGGUGCUCGACUCGGCUUAUAAAUCAUUAAGCCCUUGGGGUGUAUUAACAGCUAUCGGUUUGGGUCCGAGAGGUAAUGGUGUGAAUGCAAAAGUGGCGGAUCUAGUAAUGGGUCGCACAGUUACCGGCGGUCUCUUUGGUAACCAAAAGCCCCGCAAAACCAAUCAAGAAAUGGUUGACAAGUAUUUAAGCGGUUCUCUACCUAUCGAUGGCUUAAUUACACACAGAAUACGUUUGGAUGAAAUCAAUGAAGGCUUUGAUAGUUUAAAGGCCGGCAAAACAGUCCGCACUGUCAUUGAGUAUUGAUAAUUAAUAUCAAUUUUUUAAACAAAUAUAAUCUUAAUUAUGAAA